AUGGGUCAUCAGCAACAUUUUUUAACACCAUAUAUUGUAGUACUUCAUUCUGAACAAAGAGUAAAUAAAAGCAAUAAAUAUGCUAUAUGCUGUGCUUGUAUUAAUAUACUUGAAAAGGAAGAAGCAUACAAGAAUAAAUUUACAAAUACGAAAAAAGAAUGCAUGCGUCACUUUCGAAACUGUUCAAGUUUUACGGCUACAUAUACAUCUGAACAAAUAAAUAAGUUGCUUAAUAAAGCUGAAAAAAAUGGAGCAAAAUCUAAUAAGCCAAUAAAGAAACGGUCAUGUAUUAUAUUAGAUGAUUUAGCUAGUGAUGAGGAGUCUGAUUUUGAAACUGAAACAGAUAUUAAUAUCAAGCCAUCAUAUGAAUAUGAAAAUGAAAUAAUUCCUAUUCAAAACCAAAAUGUUUUGGACAAUUAUAUUUUUCGUCCAUUAACAACAUCUCAAAUAUCUAAACUUGAAGAAUUUUUAUUAGAAGUAACAGUCUCAUGUGGCUUUCCAUUUCAAUGGAUAGAAAAUGAUGCAGUAAAACGAUUCUUUCAUUGGCUUAAUCCAAUGAUUAUAUUACCAUCACGAAAG